UCGGUAGGUUUGUCAGUCAGGGGGAGUACAGUCUAAGUGGUGAGGAGUGGAACCGUUAUCCGGUUGUGCACCAGACUCCAUGGUUGACACCCGUAUUGGGAAGAGUAUUGCCCCCUCCGAGGCCGAGCAGGCCCGGAUCUCCGCCCUUUUGAGAGAAAGGAAAGAGAAGGAGCUCCUGAAGCAUGCGAAGUUAAAGGCUAUCGCAGAGGAGCAAGCGGCGAAGAAGAAGAAGUUAGAAGAAGAGAUGUUGAGAUUCCAGAAGGAGAAGAUGAUGAUGUUAGAGCGGGAGGAAGAAAAGAAGAGAGAGGUUGCCGAAGAAGAAGCAGCAGCAGAGGAGGAAGAAGGAGAAGAAGAAGAACCCCUUGAAAGAAGGCGUGGAGAAGAAAGAGGAGAAGCAAGUGGCACGAAGGGAGAAGACGCGUGGAUGGAAAAGAAGAUUACCGAGUGGGUGGCUAAUUUAUCGUUAGGGGAGGAUGAGGAGGCACAGUUGUAUGUGCCGCAGGAAGAGCAAGAAGUGUUUGCCAGGGAGUUGGAAGCGAUAGAUGAUCCCCUGGAACGCCAGACAACAGAAGAUGAAAAGAAAUUGGAGUGGAAGUUGCGGAUGAUGAGGGAGAAGAAGAGGAGGAGAGAGGAGGCCAACAGGGUGGCGAAAGAAGUAGAGAGGGUUCAAGCCUGUAGACAGGAGGUGCAGGCACAAGCUGAGGUCCCCGCCAAAUUAGACAAGAUUCUGGGGUACCUAGAGGUUUUGAGCAAGACCUGGAUAGAAGAGCAUCAGGUCGUUAAGGGUCAAGAUGUGACACUUCACGCCAUCCGAUCCGGUUUCAGAGAGUUUGCGCGCGACGUGGUGCCCCAUGUCGGGUCCGAGGUUAAGAGGCUAAAGGAGGGCGUAAAUAAGUUCUGCACAGGCGCCAUUGAAAGCGCCAAAGUGGUAGCCACUGCAGAGGCCACAGCGCGUCAACGCAAAGAGUCCGUAAAGCUUAAGUUCCCUGAUGCCUAUAGUGGGAAGAAGGAUGAUAGUUUUGACAACUGGGAGGCCAACGUCAACACUUAUGUGUAUUUACAGCAUAUCGCCCCCAAGGAGGUCCUCGUUGCCUUCCAUGCGUUGAAGGACGAAGCCGCAAGCUUCGCCAGGUCCUUAGCGCGCGCCGCAGAUUGUGAGCACAACACGAUUGCGUAUUCGCGACUCACCCCUCUCUCCACUUUUCUCAAACUCCUACGUGAGAGGUUUGCUGACACCACGAGAGGCGUCAGGGCCUCCGAUAAACUCCAAACCAUCCACUCGCAACAGUGGAGGGGUGCGAAAGCACUCAAAGCUGUCAUGGACGACUUGGUAGCCGUCCCGGACCACGGGGUCACUGAGACCCAGUUGGUUCAGUUGUUCUAUCGUGCAAUGCCAGAGCUCUUACGAGGGCACUUCUUUGACAAGACCCAGCAGCCCCACAUCAGGUAUGACGCGUUGAGUAGGGAAGUGGUUUUGUUUGAGGCCAAGUCCAUGCGAGUUUCCACUUUCUGGCACAAGGACUUAGAUAAGGGAAAGAAGUGGAAAGGUCGUACCAUCUCUGGCCAAGUCCGAGCCAAGCAUCAUCUGAUCCUUACCUUAGACGAAGGUGGUACAGACGAGGUCCCCUACAGUCCGAUUGAGUGGGGACUCGAGGAGGAGGACAGUAGCGUAGGUCAGGGGAGGUCCUAUGCAAUUGUCGCUGCUGGAGGGAGGCUGCAAGGUAGAGGAGGCCAAGGCCAAAGGGGCCAGGCCAUGGGAGGCCGAGGAUCGGGCGCACAGGGGGUUGGCAGUCAAGGGAACCGUCAAAUGGGAGGUAGGGGUCAAGGCCCCCCGCCGAACCGUCAAGGUCCUGGUCGGUCCCCACAGCGACGAGGUGGUAGGUCACCUCAAAGGUCAGGAGGUUGGCACCCAGGCCAGCCUAACUAUUACAGGAAGUUCGUGAAGAACUUCUCAACUAUCGCCCCUCCCCUUCGCAGGUUGCUCAAGAAAGAGGCAAUUUGGGAAUGGGAUAAGAACUGUACAUUUGCGCUAAAGAAGUUAAAGCGUGCGUUGAUACAGUACCCUGUCCUCAAAGUAGCAGAUCCAUCCUUGCCAUUUCUCGUCACCGCGGACGCAAGUCAGUAUGGAAUAGGCGCCGUGUUACAGCAGGACGACGGCAAUGGCUACAAACCCGUAGAGUUCAUAUCAGCGAGGAUGCCCUCAGAAAAGGUAGCCACCUCGACGUAUGAGAGAGAACUCUACGCUCUCAAGCAGGCCUUAGAGCACUGGAAGCAUUACCUGCUUGGAAGGCACUUCAAGGUGUAUUCAUACCAUGAAACCCUUAGAUGGCUGAAGACACAGGCCAAAAUGACACCUAAGUUGACUAGGUCGGCCGCUGAGAUAGACCAAUAUGACUUCGAGCUCAAGCCUGUGAAAGGCAAGUAUAAUGUAGUUGCGGAUGCUCUGAGUAGAUCAGACUACUUUGGAGCUAUCGUUCACCAUCUGGACAUAGGGAGUGACCUGCAGGAGAAAGUUAGACAGGCGUAUGCGCAGGACCCGAUUUAUAGUGACCUCCUUAAGAAAGUUAAGGAGGCCCCAGAGACCGCGCCAGAUUACUGCACUACAAAGUGGUUGUUAUUUGAGAAGACCAAUGUAGUAGACCGACUGUGUGUUCCCAACAGUGAGGAGAUCCGCAGUUUGAUCUUAGGGGAAUGCCACGACACAGAGGGACAUUUCGAGUGGCAAAAGCCUCUAGCCAAUCUAAUGCACGCGUAUACAUGGCCAAGAAUGAAGAACGAUUGCAUAGAGUAUGUCCGUCGUUGUAAAGUUUGCCAGAGAAACAAGAGCACUACGCGUGCCCCUCGAGGUCUUCUCAGACCCUUGCCUAUUCCUGAUCAGGCAGGAGAUUCAGUGUCCAUUGACUUUAUGGACACCGGUGUCAAGAGUAGGCACGGCAAGAGUCAAGUCAUGGUUAUAGUCGAUAGAUUUAGCAAGUAUGCUGUUUUUGUUCCUUUGCCUGCAGAGUCACGUACAGAGUUAGUCAUUCAGAAGUUUUUCGAUUUUUGGGUUAGUGAGCAUGGCGUCCCAUUGUCUAUUGUUAGUGUUAGAGAUACACGUUUUACUAGCCAGAACUGGCAAAAACUGAUGAGAGUCUAUGGAUCUAAGUUGUUGAUGUCAUCUGGCCGCCAUCCAGAGACUAACGGUCAGACAGAGCAGAUGAACAAGAUCCUGCAAAAAGUUUUGCGCAUGUACAUUAGACCAGAUUAGAUUAACUGGGAUGAGAUGUUACCCAAGGUAGGCAGUGCGUACAAUAACAGCAUGCAUUUGUCCACCUGUCGCACUCCCAACG